CUUUUGUCUUGCUAGACACCUCGUGAGAUUUGCGAGAUUGUGAUCAAACCAGCAUGAACUGAGCUCCUCAUCUGCCCUUCUCGGCGUGGUGUACGAAGCCUUUUUAGGCACCAGCUGGCGAAAAGUCCGUGGCGGCAUGAGCAAACCGGCGCCGCCUGAAUUGACGACAAGGAGCGGUAACGACGCACAAGACUGUCGGACUUUGCAGUCCGACAGUCGGCGCAGCCAUGUGAAGCUUCAAUCUGGCCAUCGGACGCGAGGAAGCCGGGUUUUCGCCCUUGAAGGUCCAGGAGCGUCUUAUCAGUCGCCAACCACACCAGCGCUGAUAAAGGACGCGAAGGGGAACAUAGGACGACGGCCCAGCAGAACGUUGUUUCGAACAGAGUCCCGCCUGUCAACCGUUGCUGAAUUGCUGUGGGAUAUUGCCGUCGUCUCCGCUUCAUAGUCACGCAGACUUUCAUCAGCGCAGAUUUCGCAGCCACUUGACCGUGCCAUUACAUAACAUUUAUUUUGACGAUAUCGGUGGCCAGAAAGGGUAAUAGUAACCAGUCAUUCAUUCGAAAUCGCACCGCAUUCUGUGUUGAUUUUCGAAAUCUUUUUUUCUUAGUUGGAACUAUAUCGCCAAAAGAACGAUUCAGCAACUCAAACACUAUGAACGGCCACGCAGCUGAGCCCACCUCUCGCGGCCGCCUUGCAGGCAAAAACGCCAUCAUCACGGGAGGAGCUGGUGGCAUUGGACUGGAAACCACAAUUCUUUUCGCCAAGGAAGGCGCUAAUGUGCUGAUGGCCGACAUAUCUGGCCCAGCUCUCGACAAGGCCAAAGCAAAGGUGCUCGAGAUUGUUCCCACUGCUUCCAAGAUCGAAACGUUCGUCGCAGACGUCAGCAAGGAGGCCGAUGUGGCCAAGAUGGUUGAGCAUGUGGACUCCUGGGGAGGUCUCGAUGUUAUCUUCAACAACGCCGGGAUCAUGCAUGCUGAAGACGACGACGCCAUCGGAACUCCAGAGAAGAUCUGGGACUUAACCAUGAACAUCAACGUCAAGGGUGUAUGGUUCGGUUGUAAGCAUGCAGUGCUCAGUUUCCGGCGGCACAAGAAAACCAAGGCUAGCGUGAUCAACACCGCAAGCAUGGUCGCCCUCGUUGGCAGUGCCACUCCUCAACUUGCUUACACUGCGAGCAAAGGCGCCGUCCUCGCCAUGACACGUGAGUUGGCCAUCGUGCACGCCAGGGAGGGCUUCCGCUUCAAUUCUCUAUGUCCGGCACCGCUAAAUACUCCCCUGCUGCAGGACUGGCUGGGCGACGACCAGGCCAAACGCCACCGUCGAGAGAUCCAUUUCCCAACUGGCCGUUUUGGCGAGGCUAUUGAACAGGCGCAUGCUGUAGUUUUCUUGGCCAGCGAUGAGAGCAGUUUUGUCAACGCGACUGACUUCGUCGUCGACGGAGGCUUGACAAAGGCAUAUGUCACCCCCGAAGGGCCAGCUACUCAGCCACCUCAGAAUUACGCCGCAGGUCGUUGAAGUAGCGGGUGGGAUAUGAGAGUGAGGCCAUCAAGGUGCAACGGCCGUCUCAACAUGUGAUUCGAAUACAUGCCAUUCGACAUCUUCUCGAACCUGAAGAGCAAGAGCGAGGUGCUGUACUGUCCUCAAGCUCACCCAGUCGGCGUAUCGAAAUAGAUCAAACAACAACGAUGCACUCACUCAUCAUCAGAUAUGCAACCGCAAUCUUGUGCUUGGCCGAUAGAAAAAGUGUUCCUUUUGGAAAUCAGACGCUUUUGAUUUGUGACUUACUAGGCACGUACAAUAAUAUUAAAACGAAAGAAUCGUAUGAACACUUUAGCCAGGCCA